AUGAAUUCUAUUUCAACGGAGCUUUUCUUUAAUGAAGCAGAAUUUCAAAUCCUCAUUCCAAACACUACAAAAGAAAAUGAACAAGAUCCCUUAUCGAUAGUACAGGCUAAACCUCGUGAAUUCGCGUUUUAUGAUGAACAUUUACAAGUAUAUCUAUUUGCAAACAUCUCAAAGCAAAAGUCAGGAACGGGUGAUGAAGUUCGAGAGGCGAUUGCAUCAUUUUAUAACCAACUGGAAAUCACAAUAGAUGCUACCAUCACAGAUAAUAUGCCUACACCAAGUCUACAGCGUUCAUCAUCCAUCAACACACAGUCAGCUCCGACCUCUCCCAAGAUAUCUUAUCAGCGUAGAUCGCAAAUGAACGAUGUGACAACGCCCUUUUUCACUCAAGCUUAUAAUAAGAGCAGCAGUAAACAUGGCGAAUUGUCUGUAUUUGAAUAUAAUGAUUCGGUCUGUUACCUCUAUCCCAUGGUUGUGCCUAUAGUAUACGUAAAGACAAAGUCAUCCAGUCCCCUCUUAUCCAUCAACUGCAAUAUCCAAUAUCGACCGAUUACACUAAAGCAAAAGGUUCAACCAGAAAAUAGUCCAACCGACGAAUAUGAUAUUGAUUCUUUUGAGACGAUUAAUCUCUUGAGUGGACUAUCCGAUGAUCCUGUGUUUUCUAAGCAAGGGGAUCUCGUACAAAGGUUUGUUGUUGAAAAUCAAGCAAGGCCUACAACAGGAACACCCAUGGCACCGCCUGCAAACAAUAUAAGUAAUCUACAGCUUUCACUUAAGCGUGCCAUCAAAGAAGCUUUACCUCUUCGGUCCGGCUUGGCUGUUAAAAUGCGUACGACAAACGCCUCUGUUGCUGAAAAAAUGGUCAUGAUGUCUGUCGAAUUGGAAAAUCCUCCUGAAACGGGCUGUGAGUUUAUAGUGGAGAAGGUAGACGUGCAGGUAUCAAACGCGGUUGUCUCGGUUGCUUUCAAUCAUAUGAGUCAGAUUGAAUUUCCCAUCUACUUGAAUAGAUCUGAUCUUAUUGUAUUCGUAUAUGACGUAACCCUUCUUGAUGAUGGAACAGUCAAACCACCUACUCAACCUCAGCGCAUGUUUCCCUCGCGUAGGCCAUUACCCCAACAACAACAACAGGUACCUUUAGAAGACAAGAUUCAGCCACAGCGUGUGUCUAUUCAGAUAUACAGCGUACCUGUCAUUGAUGGCAUUCGCGCUUCAACCAUGAGAUCUAAAUGGAACACUAUGCUAGACGUAUCAGGUAUAAGACAAAGAAGAGAAGAAAUUUCGCCGUUAGCAGAAAAGUUCGCUGGGCACACGUCCCUCGCACGCUCACAGUCAUUGACCAGUGGCUCUCCAGGGGCUCGGUCUAUCGCAGGCAGUCCUGGUGAUCAACAGGCACAUAGCUCCCUUGAAGGCGUCUUUGGUGUCAAGAAGGCAAACUCGAUCAUGUCUUCGCCUAGCAAAGACCUGCAUAUCAGACGUGCGGCCGAAAGAGAAGUGAUGGAUGGGAUCGUCGUAUCAUUUACUGUUCCUGAUAAGAUACAAGUGGGGAAAAAGUUCUUGCUCCAUGUCUUUAUUGUCAAUCGAUCAAAGCAUACAAGAAGGUUUCAAGUGAUGAUACCUAAUCGCAAGAGAUACCCUACAGAGCCUUUAGCUAUCAAGACGACUCUACCUCCCCUGCCCUUGGAAUCAUUGCCAAUUGACCCUUAUAUGAACUUUUUGAAACAAUAUUUUGAGAAUGAAACUCAUGAGGCAGAUAUUAUUUGUUUGGAAAACAAUAUCAAGCUAAGUCCGCUGGGUCCUUCUACUUCGCAAAGCAUUGAUAUAGAAUUCAUUGCAGUUAAAGAAAAAUUACAUACGAUUGAUUUGGUUCAAUUGGUGGACUCUGAUACGGGUUUUGUAACCAACCUUCGUCAUGUCCUUGAAAUAUAUGUUGUAUCAGAUAUUCGCACAAUUUAA